AUGGCUAGCAGGUCAAGGAGAAACCAACCCGGAACUUGUCCUGAGUUUCCAUGGUACUCUUUCCUACGAGAUGUUGCACCCGCGGUACGCGCACGUUGGACUGCAAAGCUAGAGUUACUGAGGAAACGACGAGUGCAUGUUCCAGCCGUAGUUGAUUGGUAUUGGAUUGGUCAAUCGGGUUUGAUGGAUGCCGUGGAAUCUUAUUUUGACAAGUUGUUUAAUGGAGUUGAUGGCAAAUUCAUGUGCUUAGGGUGGAGACGGAUCUUUGAAAUCCAAGAGGUGGUUUAUAUAGAAUCGGUUCAUGAGUUUCUGGCCACAGUUUCUUUUGCAAAAACAGAUGGGAUAUAUGCCGAUGAUAACCUUACUUUUUGCAUUAGUGGUGAAAGGCGAUCCCUUAGCCUUGCCGACUUUGCACUCCGGACCGGCAUUUACCUUCAAUCCGAGGUCCAUACACAAUUAUAUCAGCAGUUCAUAGCAGCUUCGAUAAGAAACAUUGAUGGGUUUAAGGCAGAAGACCAUUGGCAUGCUAUAGCUAAUGGAGUUUAUCACAAAGGAGGGGGAUAA